GCAGCUGCUCAAGCGAAGAAGCAAGGAGCCACUGGCCUCAUCAUUCGCUGCGAACAGGCACUAUCCCUGGAGAAGCUUGCUGCAAGUGCUGAUGAGGACGAGGUGCCGGAGCUUCCAGCUGUCUUCGUGACGAAGAAGGUGGGUGAGGCGCUCAAUGAAAGAGGUAUCGUCCUGAAAGGCUGCGAGUUCAGGAAGAGGUACAUGACAGAGGUAAUGCGGACCUUGGGAAGAUUGGGUGCUGGAGGCCCAACUGUCGACAAGUACAAGAACCUAUUCGAGGCAGUGGGCAAUGCAAUCAUCCAAGAAGCGAAGGAGAAAGCAAAGGCACCAAAGCCAGUGCAGAAGGUCGUGGUACAGCCAACCCAAGAUGC